AUCUCUCAAUUCCAACCUAUGCAAUAACUUCAUUUUUUGUAGCAAAAAUCACCUAUAAUCUAAUUCAUAAAUUAACUUAUGUCCCAUAAGGCAUUAAUAACAUCACUAAUAAAUAUGAUUUAAUGAAUGGCAAAUAAAUUACUGCUUCUAUAGCUACUGUAUUACAUAUCUAGUAUUCUUAAUAGUUAUAUAUGCUUACAAAUUAACUGAGAGCUGUUGUAUAUUGGAAUGGUCUUCAUUCUUAUUAAUUAUUUGGAAUCGAAAUGACAAUCUACGAUCCUUAUUUUAUUACUCCUCUGCUCUUUGGAAUAGUUAAUUUUGGAUUAUUAAAAACUAGCCAAUUUAAAUCAUUAUAAACUAUUUAGAAAGACUAAAAUCAAUAUAAAUUAAUCAAUCUUUGUUUUAUGUCAUCUCUUGCGGUUGUUGGUUUACCAAUAGUAAUACUAUUAAUUAUUUUAGGAUAUUCUUAUGAUAUACUCAAUUAUGGGAUGUUGUCAAACAUUGAUAUAAUAUUAGUAGUAGAAACAAAUAUAGAAAUUAUUGAGAGAUUCCUAAAUAUUGAUAUGA